GACAUGAUGUUCCUACCCUUUUCCCUCCCCCCCUUCACCUCUAUCAUUCCUGUUUUCCUCCUCCACCUCCUCCUCCUCCCUCCGUCACUCAUCUCGUCCUCGUUCUCCCACCCCCCACUGAGUUGGACUUCACCUCAUGAACCCUGCUACCACCCAGAUGGCCGUCCUCGACAUUGCCUGUCGGAGUUUAUCAACGCUGCCUAUGGAGUCCCUGUCAAUGCCAGCCACUCGCGACACGAGCAUGAUUCUGAGGGCAACAUCACCACCUUGACAGACCUAAACAACCCUCACAAUCUCACCUGCUGGAGGGCUCAUGCAGGGGCCGAAAAGGGGGACUGGGUCCUUACCCUGCCGUUGGGACGCCGCUUUGAGAUCACCUACAUAAGUUUGCAGUUCUGCAGUCAAGCAGAGCCGAUGGAUCCUAUUUCCAUCUCUAUUCUUAAAUCGAUGGAUUAUGGCAGAACCUGGAGGCCAAUGCAGCACUACUCCAGUGACUGCCUUGGGAACUUCGAGCAGCCCCCCCGGACCAUCGCCCAAACAAGACACCAAGAGACGGAGCCCCUCUGCUCAGAUCCUAGACCUCUGCAGAGGCAACGGGGCGCCAUGGUGCUCGCCUUCUCUGCUCUGGACGGACGGCCAUCUUCUCCAGACUUUGAUUACAGCCCGACCCUCCAGGAUUGGGUAACAGCCACGGACAUUCGAGUGAUCUUCCAUCACGUGUCCAAUGACGUGGGAAGCUUGGAUAAGAUGAAGGACGCCCAUUGGUUUGAUGGUCCCCAUGACACCAGAGGAACUGAGUUGCUGAAGUGGAGAUCAGAGAUAAAAGGCCACGCCAGAGAUCGAGUGGACAAAUUAAAUAGAGAUAACACACUGGCAUUUUUUGACAGGGAAAUAAAAUUGGAACGGGUGGACAAGCACCGUCGAAAGAACCACCGAAAAGGGUCCAGUCAAGACGAAGAUGGGCACAAUGUGACCAGUAAGGAAGAGGAGGGUGGUUUCGGCAUGGACUCAGUUGCUUUGUCAAAAAAAGACGGGAAGAGCAGAGUGCGUGGUCGUAGUAAGGAAGACAAUUAUUGGGCCCCUUGCCCAAAUGAAGACUGUAGGUGGACGGUUGAAGGGCGGAGUAGGAGCAACAAAGGGCAGGAACUGAGGAAGAGGAGGAACAACAACGCCAACGUACGACAAAAUGUUAGGAAUCUUCAGGCGCUGCCGCCCUCGGCUUUUGUUUUUCCCGUCCGUGCUCCUGUAGCCAUCUCCGACCUGCAAGUCGGAGGCAGGUGUAAAUGCAACGGACACGCCUCCAGGUGUCGCCGUGAUGACACGGGUCGUGCAGUGUGCGUGUGCGAGCAUCACACAGCGGGGCCGGACUGUGACGUUUGUGAGGAUUUCUACUUAGACAGACCCUGGCAUCGAGCCACACCCACUCACCCAAACCCAUGUGUCGCCUGCGAGUGUAACGGCCACUCAAACAAAUGCCGUUUCAGCAUGGAGGUGUUUCAGCAGUCGGGUCGGCAUAGUGGAGGCGUGUGUCUGAAGUGUCGUCAUCAUACGGCCGGACGCCACUGCCAGUACUGCCAGAACGGACACACCCGCGACCACAGCAAGCCGCUCAACCACCGCAAGGCCUGCCAACCGUGUCAGUGCCAUCCUCUGGGGGCGGUGGGUCGCUGGUGCAACCAAACGUCGGGUCAGUGCUUGUGUCGAGAAGGAGUGACUGGCCUCAGGUGUAACCGCUGCGGCCCAGGAUACAAACAGGGCAGGUCCAUUCUGAGGCCGUGCAUAAGAAUUCAGGAGGUCGCUCCGACCCCAGUGUACCAACCCCAGUACAGCAUUGCGGAGGAGUGCGUCUCGUACUGCCAGCCCUCGCAGGUGAAAGUCACCAUGAACUUGGAGACCUAUUGUCUCAAGGAUUACGUGUUGAAGGUGCAGGUCAAAGGGAUGGAGCGCUCGGGUCCAUGGUGGCAGUUUUCCAUCUCCAUACAAACAGUCUUCCGUACAGGGUCCAACUCCCGCAUCCGCAGGGGCCCCCAGUCCCUUUGGGUCCCGGACCGUGACCUCAGCUGCGGCUGCCCCGCCCUCCACGUAGGCCGGACGUUCCUCUUGAUCGGCGCCGAGGAAGGGGAGCGGAGCUGGGGCCCCGAGGAGAGUCGUCUGGUGGCGGACCGCUCCACCCUGGCCCUCCAGUGGCGGGAACACUGGAACCCCAAACUCAGGGGCUUCCGGGGGCAGGACAAAAGAGGCCGCUGUCCUCAAAAGUCCCCAAACGACCCCCGUCAUGGCAGGGAGCGCACAAAGACGCAGUCGGGGUACAUCCCCCCUCACUUGCUGACUGAGAGAGACUCCAGGCGUCACGGCAGCAACAAACACACGAUGAACGUGGAAGAGACUCGGAUGUUGGUGACGCCACCAAAACUUUCACCUGACGUUGAAUCCAUGGAGACGCCACCUCCUCCUUCUCCUCCUCCUGUUCUGGUGUGUUCAACCCCAGAGCCUGAAUGACAUUUUUAAAAUCUACAAGAACACAAAGACGAUAUUUAAAGAGAGACCACAACUUUGAUCCUGUUUCAGGACAACUUGAAGCAAGACAGCGAAUAGCGCUUUUGUGAGACACUUUUGAAGAUUUGAGAAAAUAUUAAUUCGGAAGGAACACAGAGAACCUUACACCCCCCAUGAAGAAAAAGACACAUUCAACAAAGUUAACUCAGGUCCUCUGGAUGAUUUUUUUUUGUUGUUGUUGUUGUAAAAACUUUUAUGGUUUAAAAAGACACGUUCUGUUUCACAUUUCUGCUCCUGGGAUGACAUUUGUUACUGAAGAAUUAUCACUGAGCCUCACGUAAAGCAGAGAAAAUAUCUAUCACCAUCACUGGUGCGAUUACGAGUGUUGCACAUCAAAGUUCAUGCUCAACAAUCCAGGUAAAAAA